AUGGGAGGUCCGAAAAAACUUUUAAUGGCAUUCGUUCCGAAGUCCACGACUCUGGGCAUCGACAUCGAGUGGAAUAAGCCGAAGAUCUUUAGAAACGCCACCGAAAGAAAGACUUGGCUGAAAAACGCUCUAAUCGAGGCCAAUCGGAUAAAGCUGGAUCUGCAGAUUGGUCGACUGAAGCCUGAUGAAAUGCCAGGAAGAAUAAUAGUGAUUCCAAACCGGAAACAGGUUCCAAAGGUCGCAGCGAAGCAAUUUGAGAUGGAGUUGUUAAAACGCGAGACAGCUCUUAUCACCGAACGUGACUUUAUCGCUCUCUUUAAUAAACUGGAGUGCUGUCUAAGGUCUUGGGAUCCCAAAGAGUGCAAAAGCAUUUUUACCAAGAUGAAAAGGCUAAAAAUUACCAGAAUGAUGCUACUCCGCAACCCGGAAUGUGUUCACAAGAUGCGAGAUCUUCAGGAGUUUGGGGGCGAUGUAGAAGAAUUUAAAAAUGAUGAUAUGUUCAUCCGCCAAAAAGCCACUGAAAUGUACGUGAAAAUCAAGAAAAUCUUUACCAAGAACCCGGACUCUGAUGACAACUUUUGGAAGGACUUUUCCGAACAAGCCGAAACCUUCAAAGUCCUAACAAAAGAUGUGCCUAAGGCCUUCCGAACCUCCUUAAGUGAGCAGGAAUACAAAAGACUGCAAGACACCAAGGCCUCCACAUCCACCGAAUCGAAUGUAUCUUAG